UGGACAGACAAGCUACUUAUCGCUAAGGAAAUUGUACUUGGACUUUUAUUUUUGCAUGAAAAUAAUAUUAUUCAUAGAGAUCUUCAUUUAAAAAAUAUAUUGAUUCAUCGAAAACAACCAAAAAUUGCAGAUUUUAGUCUAUCAAAACAGAUAAACGAGACAUCUAUGACUUCAAACUCGACCAUUUACAGAAUGCUGGCUUACGUCGAACCUCACGAAAGACCACCUUUUCAAACUUUUGAAUCAAAAAUGGAGCUCUGUUUUCACAUAUAUCAAGGAAAUAGAGAAGAAUCUAUAGAAGAAACACCGCUUCAAUAUAUUGAAAUUUACAAACAAUGUUGGGAUUGCGAUCCUGCUAAUUAUCCAGAAACAAAGGAAGUUUUCGAUACUUUUAAACAAUUCGUUGAUAAUGAUUUACAGCAACAGAAACCUUCAGAUAAUCCUAUCUCUAAUGAAUCAUCAAUUAAAAAUAAUAAACCCUUUUCAUUAAAUCAAGAUAUAACCUCACUUCAGAUCAUGACAUCAGCUCCACUUUAUUUACCUGAUUCAACAAGCUCAAGCUAUUCAUCUUUGUCUAAUGCAAAUACUUUAACGCAAGAUUGCAAUAUUGAAAAUAUGAGAAAAGAAGCACACAAAUCUUUUAACCAAGGCAAAUUUCUCAAAGCGUUAGAACUAUAUGAAGAAAUCCUUAACAACAGUCAGCAUACUCCUAAUAAUAAAGAUAGUGCUUCAUUUUGGGAUCUUUCUUCAAAAU